UUUCUUAAGGAGGCAUUACCUAUAGGCAGUUACUAGGUCUCGUCUGGGGGGAUGUUCUCUGAGACCAAACACAGGUCGGUGAUUCGGGAGUGUGUGGCAGUGGUCCUGCCAGGAAGAGAGCGAGCCAUCCUGCAAGAGGCGAGGCAAUGCCAGUGGAGGCGUAGGGGUAGUAAGGGUGGGAUGGUGAAGCCUGGAUUGAGAGGAGGUGAGGCCUGGAUGAGGAGGGAAGGGGUGCGUGGGGAGGGCACUGCUUGCGUGGUAGCGGCAGGAGGAGGGGCGAGGCAGCCGCUCUCUCAGUGCCGGCAGUCGUUGUGAGCGCGUCAUGUAAGCCAGGCGGCGGACACACACCCUAGUCACACCUGGGCCACCUCGCGGUGCCCUCUUCACUCACCGCCCAUGCUGCUCCACGCCCCCUCCACCGCCGCGUGGCUGGCCGCUGAGCCUGGCUGAGCACAGCACUCAUUACUCACUUAACACGCUUGAAGUAACUUACGAAAACUUUUACAAUUAAUCUAUUAAGUUAGUGAGUGAUGCCAUGGCGGCGCGGCGCGUUCUGUGUUCAGUGAGGGCUGCCACACGACGGGGCAGUAAUCUGGCAAGAGUUACGCCGUAAAUCCCGAGUCACUGACGAUGACCCGCAAGAAAUGAUGCAACUCAUUCCAUAAGUGAUUAGAGCGACGAACAAGGAAAUGCUUUCAUCGUAAAUAACAGCGACGCCUCCCUGUGAAGGACACACCCAGGGACGGAGGACGAGACAGAGAGACAGUUUAGUGUAGAGGGAAAAGUCGACCACACUCCUGGCCAUCAUGUUCACGCCGGGAUCCGUGGAUGGCCGCGCCCGGAGCGACGGGGCGCUGUUCCGGCCGAGGGUCAUGAACAAGAUGCAGCGGCGCCCCACACGCAUCGAGCAGCCCGCCACCUCCAGGCCGCAGGGAGGCUACCAGGGGGGCACGUGGGCCGGCUGCUUCAACCUGUUGGUGUCGCCCGCCUCGGACUCCUACUGGGCCGACUGCCUGCGGUACAUGUGUUCGGUGGAGCAACGGUCCGACUACCGCACCUCCAAGGCCAACGGAAAGAGCCGCGACUGGAGUGAACGGAGCUCAGUGACCUUAGUGAUGUCGCAGCCUCAUCUCCCUAGCGUGAUGUCAACGGUGCGUGGCGGACACAAGCCUCUCGUGGUCCUGUCCUUCAUCAGCUGGGAGCUCCGCCACCGGGACCUGCGCGGGGUGUUGGCUCAGGCGCUGCAAUCUCACCCUCAUUUCUCAGAGGGUUACAUUCUCAAUGCGAUAGAGGCUGACGCUUCCGAGGAGAUGGGAGAGCCGCUGCUAUGGUACCCCGUGGCGCACCUCACACGGGAGCACCACGCCCCCAUGUACCCUCGCGACUCCCGCAGGUACGACAGGAAGGCGCUGGGGAACCACUUCACUCUACUGCAGGACACAUACUACGAGCACACCAAACUCACCCUGAUCCUGGACAAGGGUGGGGUAGGAGGUGGCGGCGGCGUCGGCGGGAAAGUGUCUCCUAUGCCCAACGAGAGCCCGCGCCGUUACUCCAGGAACCUCCUCGUGCUGGCCUACAUGUCACUGGAGGAUUCGACGGACCCCGGGCUGCUGGCAGGCUGGGUGCGCUGGUCUGGCGCGUGGGAGGCUUACUCGCUGUUGCAGGAGAGGAAGCUGCCUGUCUCCAGUAUUACUCUGUACGUGCGAGAGCCGUCCCUCACUCCGCCGCGCCGCCCCAAGGAAACCUUCAAGUACGUGGUGCUGCUGGAGGUGAUGACGUGGGCGGCGAGCCAAGUACAGCAGCUGCGGGCGGCCACCCAGCGGCUGAGGGUGGAGCGGUGGAGUGGAUACACGGGGCUCUAUACCCUCCACACCCUCCAUGACUUCUCCGACAAUUUCUCCAGCAACGACAGCAUCAGCAGGAUGGUAGCGGACGUGCUUUGAGACCGGCAUCGGGGAGGAGCUGCUCGAGACCCGCCGCUCUCCUCCCGCCUUCCUGCCUCGUGGUGCUGCAGGAAGCGAAAGUUCAACGAUAGGGAAUGGAUUUGACUGAACGUGGCUCAGCUUGCGAGUGACUGUCCAGGUGCCUUCUGAGUGUCUAUAAAGAAAUGACAUCAAAAUUAGUGGAGGUGAUGCUCAUACCCUGGUGAAAAAGUGGCUUGAAGUAGAGGGAAACAACCAGUGAACUGCAGUGUAGAUUAGUGGACGAAUGGAAUGCCGUGAUGACUAGUGACGGAGGUGUUCGCUUCUCACCCCUCGGCUAUGUUGAGGCCACACGCUCACCGCCGAACAGCGACAGUAAAAGUAUUAUUAGAACAACGUAUCCUAGAGAGUUGGCCAGUAGGGCGGCUUUGCGGUGCACGCUCUAGUGUGCCUGACAAGCCUCCCGCAUUGAGUAAGAGCGGCCAGGCCAGCAGCAGCAGUAGCAGAUACUUAACACCGCCAUGCAGGUGUCAAGCAUCGCACACAGGCUGUGGCACACUCUGUAUACACGCCGUUCGUAAUAUUUACUGAAGAAAAUAUCUAAGAUACAAAAUAAAGGAAUUAUUAAGGCC